UGCGUGUGGCCGGCGCGGAGCCGGGAGGCCGCGACUCCGAGGGAGCCCCGCCGGGUCGCGCUGGGGGGCGAGGGGAUCCGGAGUGGGGCCGCGUCGGGUGGUGACUCUGGAGGGCGCAGGAUCCCCAGGAGACAGGGAGGACGGGAGCUGGAGGGGGGCCGGACAGCGGCGAGAGCGCUACGGGGGUGGGGUAGGCAAGAGGGAGCGUACCUGGAGGUGAGGCCGAAUGAAACUGGAGCUUGGAGGGGAGCCCGGGGCAGGAGUGGGUGAGGCGGGAGCCACGGUGGGGGUUGUGUGUCAGUUGGUAAGAUCCGGAGGUGUGACGUUCCCAGGUGGGAGAGGUGGGCUGAGAAAGAAGGCUGGGUGGGGAGAAGGGGUCCUAGGGGGAGGCCCAGGGGCGCUCAGCGGGUGGAGGAGAGCUGAGCCGGGACCCAGCGCCAGGUGCGGAACGGGCAGAGGGGGGGGGGUCAGCAGGCAGUGGGCAGGUGGGCCGAGGUGUGAGGCUGGUAUAAGGAAGUGAAGCAGAGGCAGGUGGAGGUGAGGAUGGGUCUCACUGGGGAGGCAUCUCAGAAGUGAGGCCAGUGUAGACUGAGGGUGGUCCCAGGGUGGGAACCCCACAGUGGGUCGAAGGCUCAGUCAGGGGGUUGCCCCUCCAUGGGGGAGGCCUCUCCCUGGUGGUCGCUGGAGCCAUGCUGUCCCGCAAGGGCAUCAUCCCUGAGGAGUAUGUGCUGACGCGGCUAGCAGAGGACCCGGCAGAGCCCCGGUACCAUGCCCGCGAGCGGAAAGCCCGCUUCGUGUCCAAGAACGGCAAUUGCAACGUGGCCCACAAGAACAUCCGGGAGCAAGGCCGCUUUCUGCAGGACGUGUUCACCACGCUGGUGGACCUCAAGUGGCCAUACACGCUGCUCAUCUUCACCAUGUCCUUCCUGUGCAGCUGGCUGCUCUUUGCCAUGGUCUGGUGGCUCAUCGCCUUCGCCCACGGUGACCUGGCCCCUGGCGAGGGUGCCGCUGUGCCCUGCGUCACCAGCAUCCACUCCUUUUCAUCUGCCUUCCUUUUCUCCAUUGAGGUCCAGGUGACCAUCGGUUUCGGCGGGCGCAUGGUAACGGAGGAGUGCCCUCUGGCCAUCCUGAUCCUCAUCGUGCAGAACAUCGUGGGGCUCAUGAUCAACGCCAUCAUGCUGGGCUGCAUCUUCAUGAAGACGGCCCAGGCCCACCGGCGGGCGGAGACCCUCAUCUUCAGCAAGCACGCGGUCAUCGCCCUGCGCCACGGCCGCCUCUGCUUCAUGCUGCGCGUGGGCGACCUCCGCAAGAGCAUGAUCAUCAGCGCUACCAUCCACAUGCAGGUGGUGCGCAAGACCACCAGCCCCGAGGGCGAGGUGGUGCCCCUCCACCAGGUGGACAUCCCCAUGGAGAACGGUGUGGGUGGCAAUAACAUCUUCCUGGUGGCUCCCCUCAUCAUCUACCACGUCAUUGACGCCCACAGCCCGCUCUACGACCUGGCGCCCUGCGACCUGCACCACCAUCAGGACCUUGAGAUCAUUGUCAUCCUGGAAGGCGUGGUGGAAACCACGGGCAUCACCACCCAGGCCCGCACCUCCUACCUGGCCGACGAGAUCCUGUGGGGCCAGCGCUUCGUACCCAUCGUGGCCGAGGAGGAUGGCCGCUACUCCGUGGACUACUCCAAGUUUGGCAACACCAUCAAAGUGCCCACGCCGCUCUGCACGGCCCGCCAGCUUGAUGAGGACCCCAGCUUGCUGGACAUUCUGACCCUCACCCGUGGGCCCCUGCGCAAGCGUAGCGUGGCUGUGGCCAAGACCAAGCCCAAGUUCAGCAUCUCUCCAGAUUCCCUGUCCUGAGCCCUGCUGCCUUGGGCCCCCCUCCUCACGCGUGCACACGCCAGUGUGGCACGGUGUGUAGAGCGGACGUGGGGUGGGCUCCUGGGCCGGGCCAGGGCCUGGGGUGAGGCUGGGCCCUCCUCAGCUCAGCCUCCCCGCCCCCGCCUGCUGCUCGCCCAGGGUGUUACAAGGCACUUGUCGCCACUCUAUUUCUGGCCUCAGCAGGAACCUGUACUGGGUUAUUUUCGUCCCUGCUCCUCCCAGCCCCAACUCAGGACUGGCUCGUCCCCCUCGCCCUGCCCCAGGCUGGGGGAGCUGUGGGAAGUGUCAGGCCCGAAAGCUGGGACUCCCUCUAGUCCUGGGCCCCGACGACCGAUCGGCUGCAAGCUGGGCAGGUGAUGGGUAAGAACAGUACCCAAGUUGGAGGCCUGCUGCUGUGUUUCUGUGGCCCUGAGAGAGUUCUGUGGUGAGGCCCCAGCUCCUACUUGGUCUCUGAAAAGGUGAUGGACGAAAAGGUGGGACUGGCCUGCUGGGGAGGGCACGCAGUGAGGGAGCACAGUCUAGCUGGAGGGUUGGACAUGUGGAGCCUCCCCGGGGCAGGCUUGGCUGGGAGGAAAUGGCACCGGGAGGCUUCGCUUGCUGAGCCCCGCUCAGGCAUGGGGAAGGGGAGAUGCGCCCCUUACUCCGGACCCUAAGGCUUCUUCAGUGGGGGCUCCGGGGGCUGCAGCUGCUGCACCUGCCUGCUCCCUUUCUGUCCCCCACCCUGGGAGGCUGGGGUGGGCUGGGGCAGACCCUGGCAUGCCGCGCCGAAAGAGGCUGAGGAGAGACCGGGGUCCUGGGCCCACCGCACCUGGCAGGCCUCAGACUGUGCUCUGGCCUGGCUCCCCACCCGCGGCUGCCACUCAUUUUGUCCAGAGGGUGGCCACGGAGGGCCUUUGGGUUGCUAGAAAAGGAGAUGUUGGAAAGCUCGGAACGGGGGGUGGGUGAGGUCCCUGAGGCAAAAAGGCCCUUGGCCCUGACAGGCUUGACCCUCAAGCCGGACUCUUGGAGCAGUGCUGUGUGUCCUUGCCCAGAACUCUGCCUUCUCCAUUGUCAAUAAAGCCUCCCGCUUUGUGACCUAAA